GCGGACUGGCUGUCGAAACGUUGGAAUUUUGGAACCGUAGGGCCCACGGUUCCGUCUUCAUACUUGGACCGAAGACUGGAAGAUGACAAGGACUACGGCAUCAAUUUGUUCAAGCCAAGCACGACCAUAUGUAUGAGUUGGCUAAACGACAAACACAAUGGUUCCGUUGUCUAUGUUUCCUUUGGCAGCGCGGCCAAACUAGGAGUGGAUCAAAUGGAAGAGGUUGCUUGGGCCUUGAAAGGAAGCGGUUACCACUUUCUGUGGGUUGUUCGAGCCACAGAGCAGGCCAAGUUGCCCGCUGGGUUCUUGGAGGAGACGUCGGAGAAGGGUUUGGUGGUGACAUGGUGCCCGCAGCUCGAGGUUCUGUCACAUAAGUCGACAGGAUGUUUUGUUACUCAUUGCGGGUUUAAUUCUGUACUUGAGGCUUUGAGUCUGGGAGUUCCAAUGGUAGCAGUGCCACAAUGGACAGACCAACCCACCAAUGCUAAGUUUGUGGAAGAUGUAUGGGGUAUUGGGAUUAGGGCCCAGCGUGAGAAGGAAGGGAUUGUGAAAAGGGAGGUUUUGGAGGGGUGCAUAAAGGAAGUGAUGGUGGGAGAGAAGGGGGAAGGGGUGAGGAAGAAUGCAAACAAGUGGAAGAAACUGGCUACAGAGGCAAUUGAUGAAGGUGGGAGUUCUGAUAAGAACAUUGAUGAAUUUGUUGCUAAAUUAAUGUGACAUCCGUAUUUCAAAGUUGAAUUGGUGAACUCAAUAUCUGUUGAAUAAAGAGUCCCUCUUAUG